CUUUCGAGGGUGCAUUAGCCAUGCUGAGUUCAAUGACAGUAGAAGGGGGUGUGUGUUCUGCAGCUGUUAUCGAUCAGGUUUUGGGAAGCCCUCUACUGCUCUACCCUUCCGUACCAUGCCUGAUCAGCCAUGGACCACAUCACGUUCCACCAUGAUACUGUGCUGUCAGACGUCCACAUGCUGCUGCCCAACGCGCGCCACCUGAUGACGCGCCUCAACGCUGUCGGACAGCCUGUGUUCAUCUCUAAAUUCAAGAUCCUGUCAGACGGUGACGAGCAUGGCAACGAGGUCCCGGGGCGGAGCUUAAAGGAGGAGGAGGAGGAGGAGGAGGGGGAAUACGAUGAACCAAGGGAAGACGCAGAACAAGACACAAAAGUCCCACGGGGAACUGCUGGAGAGGAAGGGGAGGAAAGAGAGGAAGGGGAGGAAGAAGAGGAAGGCGGGGAAGGAAAGGUGGAAGCCUUUUUGGAUGAGGACGGAGACCUGGACAUCACACAUCGGCCCAGGAAACCCCCUAAGGAGACUAGUGGCCGAGACCUGGUCUGUCCCAUCAUUAUCCAACGGUCUAACCCUGUGCUAGAAGAAGAAGAAGAAGAAGAGGAGGACAGUACGGAGGAUGAAGCCGAUAAAUCCUUCAACGACAUUAUAAAGAUUGAGCACACUAUGGCCACGACCCUGGAGGACGUCGGCAAACAGGUGUGGCGAGGGGCGUUUCUCUUGGCCGACUUCAUCCUCUCCGAGCCGCUCACGUUCAGAGGAGCUACAGUCUUAGAACUGGGCGCGGGAACGGGCUUAACCAGCAUCGUCAUGGCAACCAUAGCCAAAACGGUCUACUGCACAGAUGUGGGAGAAGACCUUCUAGGCAUGUGCAAGAGAAAUGUAACAUUAAAUAGACACAUGAUUGAGCCUGCAGGUGGUGAUGUCAGAGUGAGACAGUUGGAUUGGCUCCAGCAUGACCUUUGUACAGAUGAUGACGUGGAAUUUAGGUGGACAGAGGAGGAAGUAGCAGAUCUGUACAACAACACUAAUAUCAUCAUUGCUGCUGAUGUUUGCUACGAUGAUGAUCUGACGGAUGGCUUUUUCCGAACACUGUACCGACUCUGCAGUAACUUUCCGCACACGUGCACGGUCUUCAUCUCCAUAGAGAAAAGGAUGAACUUCACCCUGCGACACAUGGAUGUUUCCUGCGACGCCUACAACCAUUUCAGACACUGUCUGUCCCAGCUCCAGGACCUGGAGGAUGGACGAUGCGGCUUCAGAGUGCAACAGCUCCCAUCCACCUGCGCACAGUUUCUUCUGUAUGAACGCAUAGAGCAACUGGAGCUGUGGAAGGUCACCACCACUCCACUUCCACUGGAACCAAGCACAGUCUGAUUCGGAGCCGUUUUUAUCUUGACCUGGACUGACGUCUGACCAGUGCAAACGCUAAACUCUCCCCAGAAGUGACCCCAGCUCUUACAUAAGCACCUAUAUAAGUUAGUAAAUUCAAGACAGAAACAGGCUAUUUAUUUGACAUAACGAGUUCAUCAGAGAGUUUAAAAAAAUGUUGCGUGCGUCGAUGUAGAAUGAUAGAUUUUUGGUACCUGAUUCAUGCGUUCUGACAUGAUUAACUAGUUUUGUAGUUGGGGGGGGCAACUUGGGGUUCAGCGUUUUGCUCAAGGACAAGGAACCGCCAACCUUUUGAUUAAAGAACGAGUCACUCUACCUUCUGAGCUGCAGAUGCUACCAAAAAGAGGUGUGUGUGUGUGUGUGUGUGCGUGCGUGUGUGUAGAUGUUUGUAUGUCUGAUAAGAAACAAGGUCAAAUAAAAUAUUGCUGUACAACAAUG